UCGAUAAUUUUCAUUUAGACUUCAGAAGUGUUAUACCUCGAAUUGGAUCACUGUUUAACAACCCUUGGUGUAUUUACACCCAAAAGUGAAAACAAAUUUUCGGUUGGAUCAUGUAUGAAAAACAACCCUCUCUUGGGACGGAAUGCCCGCAGUCCGGGGAUUACCUGUCCAUGCUCACCUCCAAGGGCGCGUACGAUACCACAUGUACCUCGGGAUACCCCAUGACUUCUAUCCCCAGCAUGAACUCCAUCGGAAGCAUGAGUAUGAGUAUGCAGUCCAUGGCCAUGACAAAUAACUACUCUCCCCCCAACAUGGGAGGAAUGGCCGGCACCAUGACCCCUCCAGGAAUGACCAAUAUUGGAAUGACCCCCGGGAUGGGAAUGCAUCCUGGCAGCAUGCACGCAAGUAUGAAUUCCAUGAACUCUAUGUCUCCCAUGAAUGGGAUGAGCUCCAUGGGUGGGAUGCCGAUGAACGGGAUGGGUGCCCCCAUCAACUCUAUGCGGAUGGACAGUUAUAACCGAGCCCAGGCCAUCAACCGGGCCCGGGAUAAGUCGUACAGGAGGAGUUACACCCACGCCAAACCGCCGUACUCGUACAUCUCCCUCAUCACAAUGGCCAUUCAACAAUCACCAAACAAAAUGUGUACCCUCAGCGAAAUCUACCAAUUCAUCAUGGACUUGUUCCCAUUUUACCGACAAAAUCAGCAAAGAUGGCAGAACUCUAUUCGUCAUAGUUUAUCAUUCAAUGACUGUUUUGUCAAAGUUCCGAGGACUCCAGACCGUCCCGGAAAGGGCAGCUACUGGACCCUUCACCCCGACUCUGGAAACAUGUUUGAAAACGGAUGUUACCUUAGACGACAAAAACGAUUCAAAUGUCUAAAGAAAGAAAUGAUCCGACAGACUUUGUCAAAGAGUGAGGACGGAUCAGUGAUAGAAAAUCCUCACUCCCCGCACAGUGACCAGAGUGUGUCCCCUCCACCUCACACCCCCGAGAAAAUUCCUCAGGAACAGCCGGACCGGAAGCCGGAUAUUCCCAUCACUGCGCACAACACCACCACCCCUCCGUCCCAGCAUCAGGAGAUGCCGCCGUCUAUGAGGCACCACCCACAACACGACCCCCUCUCCCAGGCUUACAACAAUGGACAGUACAACCCCCACUCAUUUCACCACCCGUUCUCUAUAACAAGUUUAAUCACAGACAAUGCUAAAAUGGACAUGAAAAAUAUGUACGAAAUGCCCAACAUGUACGCGGGCUAUAACAAUCCUAUGGCCCUGCCUCCGAUGGCAAAGACUGAAUCUUCGUCCCCGAUGCCUAUAUCGGACAACGGGUAUUACAAGACAUACGCGCCACACUCAACGGCUAGUCUGUGAAGUGUUUCCAGUGGACCCGACUUUAUUUAUAAAGCUGAUACCAAAGAUAUACAUUGUCUCAGAGAGCUGUGGUUAUAAAAUAAUAGUGCGUUGUGAUUUUUUCAAUAUUGUGUGAAUGUGUUUAACAAAGUAAGUUUUUCGUGUCUUAAUUUCAAAAGAGCCAUGUACGUGAGAAUAGGAUACUUGUAGAUUUGUGAUUCCCCGCGGCCCGAGGAUCAAAUUGCUGUAUUCCAAUUAAAAAAGCAUUCUACAGAUAAAGAUUGUACCCGGAACGCUUCACUUCGUGACAAUCUCUUAUGUGUUCAGAAGAAAUUAGACAAUUUUAUUUGUAUAUAUACCUUUAUAUAAUAGUUCUACUUUUAGGCGAAAAUAAGAAUAAUGAUUUAUUUUUUAUAUCAAAAUAUUCUAAAAGGAGCCACAAAUGACAAUCUUUAUUCCUGAGACUGGCCAAUAUAAGAGAUGAAUGGAAUAUUUAUAAUGUUUUAUGCCCGAGUGUGACAAUUUUUCCACGGAAGGGAACGAUUGUAGAUUCUGACUAGACUCAAAACUUUUUACAGCUCAAGAAAUGAUAUUUAUUUUUUUCUUCUUAUUCUAAGUCAUUUUUGUUAUAUUUCUGUAGACUGGAACAAAAAUCA